CUCGAGGAGGCGCAGGCAGCGUCGGGGCACGGCCAAAGCUCCUGAACCCGAACCGGUUUCAAAUGGAGUCGGUUCGGGUUUGGGUUCCACUCCUUCUACCUCCCUCGCUCUCGCUCUCUCGCCAGAUCGCCAGUCAACAAAAGACCCAUUUUUUUCCCUCAUCUUUCAUCCUGCGACAUUCCAUCCCCCCUUGCUCACUCACCUCCUAAGCAUCCCCAAUCGAACACCUAUCUGCAAAGAGUUCAACUAUGGCGAGCAAAGUCCAGUCGGCCUCGUCCGGGUCGUCUGUGAUCGAUGACAUUUACCGCAAGAUCGAGCGCGAGCGAUCCCUGAUCACAGGCGCGACCGCGAUGCGAAACAACACCUCGAACGCGGACGUCAAAAGUCGAUGUGACUCAAAUAUUCGAGAAUCAAGAAAGAACAUUGAGUAUUUGGAGAAGACGCUUAAAGAACUGCAGAGCCAGCGCAAUACAAAGCCUCGUCAAAACUACACCGAGCUAGAUCUUAUCAAAUACGACUCGCCUUAUCUCGGUCAACGUAUCCAGCUCAUGCUCCAGCAGCUUGAAUUCAAGCUCUCGGUCGAGAGCCAGUACAGCGAGGGCACCGAGAAACUCGUUCGACUUUACCAGCUUGAAGGCGACCGGCGUAAUAAACUACAGGCCGAAAACCAAAAGCAAGCCGAAUACCAGCGGAUGGAGUCUUAUGAGAAAAUCUCUCUGCUGAACAAAGCCCUGAAGCGUUAUCAGGACAUGCAUAUCGUGUUGGAUGAUGAAGCUGAAGACAAUAGAAGUUUCAACUCCCCAAACAUCCGUCGACCCCUUUCUGGCCGACUGCGGAUCACUAUUUUAGCUGUCGAGAACGUCGACCACGCGGCUACCAAUCGGGGCCGGGCGCCAGAGACCACGGUUCUAAUCAAAGUUGAGGACCCCGUCAAAGUGCGCACUCGCCCGUCUCGCAACGAUAGAUGGAAUGAGACGUUUGAUCUUGAAGUGGACAAGGCGAAUGAAGCCGAGAUCACGGUUUAUGAUAAAUCUGGGGACCAUAAUGUUCCGAUUGGUAUGAUGUGGAUACGACUGUCAGAUAUUGUGGAAGAACAGCGUCGAAAGAAAGCAGAGGCUGAGUUGGCUUCCAGUGGAUGGGUUGCUGCUGACCAGACUAGAGAUGUGGCCGCCGCGGCAACGAGUGGCAUUCGGCAAAUGAAUACUGCUAAUACUACUGGUGCUCCUCAGCCGCCGGCUCACGCAGCAUCAGCUUCGGUGGCUCAUCAGCCUAUGUUGCCGGUUGCUGAGCAGGAACAGUAUGUUGAGGAAUGGUUUGUGCUGGAGCCCACUGGUCGUAUUCGCAUUCGCGUCUCGUUUAUGAAGCGCAAUCAAAAUAAACGGAUGAUGGACCACCAGCUCGGAAGAGGUGGACUUGGUCGCCAGGGUGCUAUUCGACAGCGCAAGGAGGAAGUCCACGAGAUGUAUGGUCACAAGUUUGUUCAGCAGCAGUUCUACAACGUUAUGCGAUGCGCAUUCUGUGGUGAGUUUCUUAAGUACUCAUCCGGAUAUCAGUGCGAGGACUGCAAGUAUACGUGCCACAAAAAGUGUUAUUCGAAGGUUGUCACGAAAUGUAUCUCGAAAUCGAGCUCGGACACGGACCCGGAUGAGGAGAAGAUCAACCACCGGAUUCCUCAUCGGUUCGAGCCGAUGACAAACAUGGGUGCCAACUGGUGCUGUCACUGUGGUUAUAUUCUACCGCUCGGAAAGCGGGUGGCUCGGAAAUGUAAAGAAUGUGGGUUGACGUGCCACGCGGACUGUGUGCAUCUUGUGCCUGACUUUUGUGGAAUGUCUAUGGAGACGGCGAAUAAGAUUCUCCAGGCUAUGAAGGAUCAGCAGACGUCGAAGCCACAGACGCAGAAGCAGUUGCCUACGCCGCCUACUUCUACGUCGUCGAUGUCGUCACUGUCGUCGGGAUCGCCGAAUGAAAAGCGCAACAAGCUGAUCCCGAGCACGUCGCCGUAUGCUACGAGACCAGAGCAGCUGACGCCGCCGCCACGCACGAGUAGUGGACAGCCGACAAUUCAGCCGGUUGGACAGAGAGUUUCGUCUGUGCCACAAUCACGGGUGGAUGAGUAUGCUCCUCAGAGGAUACCGGAUGCAGAGCUUGCUAAGAAGCAGCAGCAACAGCAACAGCAGCAGCAGCAGCUACAGCAACAACGGCGAACAGGUUCUGGUGGAAGCAUUGUGCAGAGGGUGCCUGUGUCUGCGCCUCCUCCUCAGGUGCAACAGCGAUACUCGGCUGAGCAGCAAGCCCAACAGCAGCAUCAGGCGCAACAACAGCAAUUGCUGCAGCAGCAAAAGUUACAGCAACAGCAACAGAUGCAACAACAGCAGCAGCAAUUACAACUACAGCAGCAGCAACAACAGCAACAGCAACAGCAACAGCAACAGCUGCAGGCUCAGCAGCAACAAUUGCAGCAGCAGAGGCAGGCACAGCAGGCGCAGCAGGCAGCACAGGCGCAACGGAUGCAGCAAGCACAGCAGGCGCGCCGCAAGAUUGGACUUGAUGAUUUCAAUUUCUUGGCUGUGCUUGGAAAGGGAAAUUUUGGAAAGGUUAUGCUUGCGGAAGCAAAGACCAGCAAGUCAUUGUAUGCGAUCAAGGUUGUGAAGAAGGAGUACAUUCUGGAAACGGACGGGGUGGAGAGCACGCGUUCGGAAAAACGGGUGUUUCUGAUAGCGAAUCGCGAAAGACAUCCGUUUUUGCUCAACCUGCACUCAUGUUUCCAAACGGAGACGAGAGUGUAUUUUGUGAUGGAUUAUAUCAGCGGAGGUGAUUUGAUGUGGCAUAUCCAGAAGGAACCGUUCAGCGCGCGCCGUGCGCAAUUCUACGCGGCCGAGGUGUGCCUAGGCCUUAUGUGUUUCCACGAGGCUGGAGUGAUUUACCGAGACUUGAAGCUUGAUAAUAUUUUGUUGACGCUGGAUGGCCAUGUUAAGAUUGCUGAUUACGGAUUGUGCAAGGAGAACAUGGAGUACGGGAGCACGACGAGCACGUUUUGCGGUACGCCCGAGCUGAUGGCACCGGAGAUCAUUGAGGGCCAGAGAUAUGGACGCGCGGUCGAUUGGUGGGCGUUUGGAGUUUUGAUCUACCAGAUGAUUCUGGGACAGAGCCCGUUCAGGGGAGACGACGAGCAGGAGAUUUUCGGCGCCAUUCUGAGCGACGAGCCGCUGUACCCGAUCAACAUGGCGCGCAACAGCGUGUCGAUUCUGCAGGAGCUGCUGACGCGGGAUCCGGCGAAGCGUCUGGGAUCGGGCGUGAACGAUGCGAAGGACGUGAUGGCUCAUCCAUACUUUGCAAACAUUAAUUGGGACGACAUCUACCACAAGCGGGUGCCGCCGCCGUACAUCCCUACGAUCGAGAGCGCGACCGACACGCGCAACUUUGACCAAGAGUUCACGGCGGAGGUGCCAGUGCUGACGCCGGUGACGACGGUGUUGACGAAGGCGGACCAGGAACAGUUCCGCGGGUUUUCGUACCUGAACAGCGACUCGCUGUGAGGGGAGAGAGGGAGAGGGAGAGGGAGAGGGACAGGGGA